AUGGACGCCGCCGAAUAUGAUACCAAUGUCUUCGUCGUGAACAACAUCGCCUCGAUUUCCUUUCGCGUGUAUGAACCGUCGUCUGAUCCGCCCCAGAGCUUUGGUCUGGCCGCCAUCGAAAUCGAGAACACACUGAGAGAGCAAGGCCACAUCGUUUAUUACGAUGCGGCCAGGCGCGGUAUCUGGCAUUUCCGAAUUGUUGGCAAAGAGGGAAGUGACGAAGUCAGUAGUCAGGAGCUAGACGCUUCACUUAGCUUACGUGGCUACUCACUUACAAUUGGUGAGGAAGGUUCAUUUGAACCAAGCAGCCUUCCGAAACCUCGACCACAGCAGCCACAAACGGGACAUACGCCAACCAGCUCAACCUCAAGCGCCUCAGCUUUGGACCAGACGCAGCGCCAUGCUCCGACUUCUACAUCAUACUUGGGUCCACCUGGAUCGCAAGAGCAGGACUCCAAAGGGUAUACCUCGUCGGUAGUUGACUCAAAAUCGGCACUAGGGGGCUCAUUGUCUCCAAAAGCUUAUGAGAGCUUCAUCACCGCGACCCUCCUAGCAGUGCUAUCUGCUUUCUGCAGUCGCACAGGUUCUAUUCCUCUGAAUUACCGGACUAUAUUACUUGCUCAGGAUGCAUUAGGAAAUGAUGGCUCUCACGACCUGGCUGCAGAGAAGGUCCCUACAAUUGGGACUUUCAGAGCCUACUUGACAACCACCGGAGUUCUCGUGAUCUGCAUGGGUGUCUCAAUUUGCCAUGGCCUGUUAUCCUAUGGCGACAUGUUGAAUCAAGCUCCGAGUAUACCAGGACAGCAAAUUCUUGCCGCUCCAUUCGGCGUAAUUGCGAGUAAUCAACUUCCAACUCCAUUCGAGGGUGGUACGGCGAGCAUGGCCCAAACACCAAACACACAAGCACUGAGUCUUCGAGGAGCUCCAGACAUUCAUGAUUCAGUCUGGAAACAGGCAUGCUUGAAGUUCCUGCAGCUUCGUGGUAUUGCCCAAUCAAAAUUGACGGACUGCUUCUGGAUGAACUUGCUCAUAUCCAGACCGAAGCUCCAGGACGCAAAAAACGACAGCAAGAGAUUACAGAUGUCUAGUUCAACGGUCACAAUCCCCUGGCCAGGACCGUUGUGCUUUCGAAAGAGGCCGGUGGAAGUGUCGUCUACAAGCCGAGUCGGAGCGACGAUACUCCGAGGCCAUGAAGAAAGCCAUGACCCCCUAGGUAAUGCACAGUCUUGGUUUAGCUCAACCUCUGAGCGAGAGGAGAAAAUAUCCAAGAGAAAAGCCGAGCGUGUAGCCACAUCAAGUGAAGGUCUUAACCAUGACUCGAGACCUUCAAGGCCAAACGGGCAAUCUCCUCUCACGUUGAGAAGACCGAGCACGGCAGCAGCCGGCUCAAUGUACCCGACACCACCUGAUGCUUUGCAAAAUGUGAAUGGAGUAACACCCUCCCUGGAUGGUACCUUGUCCAGCCCAGGAAAUCCGCUGUCCGCCGUGGCCGUCCCACCAGAAGCGGACACCAAUGGUUCGACAUCGAUGGCAAUGGCGGAGUCUUUCGAACCUGGACAGGAUUUUUCAGAGCCCAAAAGGCAAAGGAGUGACAGUAAUCUUCUGGGCGAAGCCGAGCACAUAUUUGGGGAUAUGGGCGAGGAUAUGUUUGGCGACAAUGACAUUACUGAAGCCGACUUCAAUUUUUUUGACGAGGAACCGGAGGAUAUUGAUCUCGAUGCUGCCAUGGAGGAGAUGAGCGAUGCAGCAAUGGGUGCGAAUACCUCUACAGAGGUGCCUACAGUUGAGGAGGAAACACCCAAAGCCGCUGAAGUUUUGAAACCACAAACAGAGAUCGAGAAGGACCCUGCUGUAUUUGCGAAACCCGAGCUGCGCCACGCGGUCAGCACGCAAAACGAUCAUUCAAUAUCCCGAGGAAGAGACCAUCGGCCGGUGUCUAUGAAGCGAGAGUCCAGUCCAUUCGACCCGCAGACUGUCUUCAAACGAGUUCGCGCGUCAUUGGCAGCGGCCGAACAUGUCAGCGCAAUCACGAAGGACACCAGCCGAAUGACCAAAAUAUUUGAAAAGAUGGAUUUUGACCCGACACUUCCUAUGAUUAACAAGAAAUAUGAGCAAGGUGGUCAAUUUGAUUAUGGCAGAGACAUACCUACUGAGAGACCGAGACUUGAGACUGGCAUGUUGCCGGAAACCGACUACUUGAAGCGCCAUGGUAAACUAAACAGAGGAUUGAAGGACCACAGGCUAUAUAGCGGUUCACUCGUAGGGCCGCUAUCAGGUUUGGAGCCGCCGGCUUCUGGCCCGAGCCCCACGAAACUGGAACCGCAGAUGUCGGAAGGGGAACAGAGCAGCGCAGAGUCUGAUCCAGACGACUCAAGCUAUACAACAGAUGAACCAACAUCUCCUUUGAAGUCAAGUGUCAAGCAGGCGCCUGUGGAGGACGAUGCGAUCUCGCAAGUGACGUCGUUGAAGGAACUAGAUGUGGUUGAAGAACCGGAUCAUCAGUUGGCCACGGAGCUCCCGCGACUAUCCAAACCCGACACGCCAGAGCUGCCACUUUCUAUGUUGUUCUUAGACCCUGAACCUCUAUCUCUCGAGCUCACUCUGAGUGAUGAAGACUUGAUCCAAGUCGCUCAAAUAUUGACAGAACAAGCUGCGACCGGCAAUUUGGAUUUAUGUAAUACUGGCCGCCACAGCAAAUCCUGCUCUCUCGCCAGCCAAGCCAGACCAUCAUUGCUAAACGAUGCAAGAGCAGCACUUCAGCAACUCCGAGAGGCUGUUCCGAACUUUUUGCGCGGCGUCGAGCCUGUCCGUCUCAAAGGCUUUUUGGACAUCCAGGAUGUACUCCUGCAAGGCCAACCCAGAAUGCAACCACGACCCAUACCAGGGAGAGAUGCAAAUGCAGAGAAGAUGCGUCCCAGCAACCUGUAUCAAAUCCCUGGACCUCAUUUGGAGGUUCGUAGAUCGGAUGCGAAGCUUUCCGUUUUGCCUUCAGCUGUUACAUUCUGGGAAAGCUUAGGAUUGGCGCCGUCCUCGGGUAACAAGGAUAUAACCGCAGUAUGUGUUUUCCCUGGAUGGAAGGGGAUGGUCGACAAUGCGAAAACGUUCUUGGGUCGAAUAAAGAGUGUGUACGAAGUUUUGAGACUCGGAUCCGUGGAAAACAUGGCCAUUGCAUCGGACAUGGAUGACGGUGUUGUCCCCUACGAAGUUGAUCGAAUUUCGACCUCUCCCGAUGCAACUUUGACAGGACAUGGGUCAGCCCUGGUCGGCAGCAUGGAAACUCUGCGAGGUGCACUCUCGAAUCUGACAGUCUCGGACACAAAUAUUGUCGUUUAUUUUGUCUAUUCCCCGAAUAAUCCUGGCACCAUUGUUGAAGCAUGUGCUGCAUUUCAGCGGUUUUUUGAUUCGUAUCAAAAGGAUCUGACUUUGAGAAAAGAACCUGCGACGAAUGAACUCGUUUUACAACUUGUUUCUUCCGAUUUGUUAUCUUCACCUACAUCUGUUGUGGUCACGUCCUCUCCCGACCUCGUGAAGCUCUGUAUGGAGACUUAUGACCGUUGCACCCUCUUUGGUGGCCCAAUGCCAGCGCCGGCCAUACGAUUGGAGCAGCCUCUGCCUCGAAUCAUCGACUUCAGGCUGAAUACACAACCAUCCGUGUCACUGAUCAGAGAGAACUCUUGCAUUCACGUUGCUUAUGCGCAGACCGUGGAUGAGCGUUGGGUGACGGCUGCCUGGACAGACGAUCGAGGGAAUCAGCAAGCAACGGCUUCCUACUGUCUGGGACGAAAGGGCAGACCAUUGUCUAGGUCGAUGAAUGAAGUGGCACACGAGAUCUGGGAAUCUACACUGGAUCUAAUAUCGGCCUGGAAGGUGCAUUGGCGAAUUAUCAUCACGAAAUGCGGGCCGAUGGAUCAACAAGAAAUCGAAUUUUGGAUCGAGUUGGCUCGGACAGAAAUCAAGCUACAAGUGACGAUGAUCCUGAUGACGGUUGAUACCAACCCGUCGUUACAGCUGAUCCCACCUGUUGUCAAAUUACCACAGGCGUCCGUGCCCUUUUACACCACACCGGUUUCGACGCCGCAAGCGAACAUUGUGUCGCCAGAGCAGAGCGCGACUCCGGCGACGCCAGCAAAUGCUACGGCUGCGACUCCUGGAGGAGCUGAAGCCGGCGUUGACUCUGAGACUGAUGCAGUCCUUGCGGAUGUCACGGAUCAAACAUGGGGAGCCAUUGUUGCCCACCGAUUGAGCAAUUCCGUGAGUGUAACGGACUUGUUUCCAGCAUUGAUCAGUGGCUACCUGAUCAAACGGACGGGCGCCCGAGUUGAAGAUGUUCCGAUGGCAAUGGAAGUCAAUCUCAUACAUACAGAAUCCUUCCCGAGGUCUUACGAGCCUCUGUUGAGGGAAAUGCUUAGCUACUUUAGAGGACUCGCUACUCUAUCAAGGGCUAGGGGAAUGGUACCACGGGAAACGGAUGUUCGUCCUUGGCAUAUUGCCGCAGCCGAAAAGGCAGCCCGGGCGAUGUAUUUGCUCAUGUGA